AUGGGAAGCAAAGCAAAAGCAAUGGGGUCUGGGCUGACUCCUCUUCUUGCCACUGUUUUAGUGGUAUUUGUUGCUCUUGGCUUGCCCUCAGAAACAGCAGCUGAUGAUCACUACAAGUAUUCAUCUCCUCCUCCUCCUUACCACUAUCCCUCACCACCGCCUCCAGUGCAUUUACCUCCACCAGUGUACAAAUACAAGUCCCCACCACCACCUCAUCAUGUUUACAAGUACAAAUCUCCACCACCCCCACCACCACACCCAGUUUACAAGUAUAAGUCACCACCACCACCUCCUCAUCCGGUACCACACCCAGUUUACAAGUAUAAGUCACCACCACCACCUCCUCAUCCGGUAUACAAGUAUAAGUCUCCUCCGCCACCACCACACCCAGUUUACAAGUAUAAGUCACCACCACCACCUCCUCAUCCGGUACCACACCCAGUUUACAAGUAUAAGUCUCCUCCGCCACCAGUUUACAAAUAUAAGUCUCCUCCACCACCACCUCCAGUGUACAAGUACAAGUCUCCACCACCACCAGUUUACAAGUACAAAUCACCACCACCUCCUCCCCCAGUUUACAAAUACAAGUCUCCACCACCACCAGUUUACCACUACAAGUCACCACCACCUCCUCACCCAGUUUACAAGUACAAAUCUCCUCCACCACCAAUUUACCACUACAAGUCACCACCACCUCCUCCCCCAGUUUACAAAUACAAGUCUCCACCUCCUCCUCACCACUACUAA